CAGGAAUAUGGCAGCGUCCUGAGCCCUGUCGGGGGGAAUACGCCGUAACUGAGCACCUUCAGCGUCAGACUGGGAAUACUGAGCAGCACCGGUUGCAUUCAGAAGGAGGGUGGGGGGCUAAGGGACGGCUACGAAUAACACCUGAUAGCAAUUUUACAGGUCCUGUGAAAAGAUGAAUGUCGUCAAAGAAAACACAGACCUGGCCUGUUUCUACACCACCAAACACUCCUGGAGGGGAAAGUACAAGCGAGUCUUCUCAGUGGGGACGCAUGGCAUCACCACUUACAACCCAACCACGCUAGAAGUAACAAAUCAGUGGCCUUAUGGAGACAUCUGUGGCAUCGGCCCAGUGGGAAAAGGUCAGGGAACGGAGUUCAACCUCACAUUCCGCAAAGGCACCGGCAAGAAGUCUGAAACGCUCAAGUUCUCCACAGAGCAUCGGACGGAGCUGCUCACAGAAGCACUGAGAUUCAGAACAGAGUUUUCAGAGGGAAAGAUAACUGGCAGGCGUUUUAACUGCUACAAGCACCACUGGAGUGACGCGAGGAAGCCUGUGAGUUUAGAGGUGACGCCAGGCGGCAUCGACCAGAUCGACCCGCACACAAACCGGGUGGUGUGCUCCUAUGACUAUCGAAACGUAGAGGGCUUCGUGGAGGUCUCCGAUUACCAGGGAGGAUUCUGCAUCCUGUAUGGGGGCUUCAGCAGGCUGCAUCUGUUUGCCUCGGAGAACCGGGAUGAAAUCAUCCGCAGUGCCAUAGAGCAUGCCGGGAACUUUAUUGGUAUCACGCUACGGCUACGGAAGGAGGCGCUGACAUUUGAGGACUUUGUGACGGACCGGUUGGGAAAGUACAGCUCAGAUGAGAGCAUCACCUCGCUGGCUGAGUUUGUGGUGCAGAAGAUCACUUCUCGGCACCCGGAGCCUGUUAAGCGUAUUCUUUGCCUGACAGAGACGUGUCUAGUGGAGAGAGACCCAGCCUCCUACAACAUAGUCACCCUCAAACCCUUUGGAGAGGUAUUUUCUCUCAUCUGUGACGCAGACAACCCUCAGGUGUUCACAGUUGAGUUCAUCAGAGGUCAGAUCAGGAAGUUUUCCUCCACAGAAAGGGACUCCCUUUUGGCCAGCCUACUCGAUGGAGUCCGAGCAUCGGGCAACAGGGAUGUGUGUGUCAAAAUGGCCCCCACCAGGAGAGGACAAAGAUGGGGCCUACUGAGCAUGCCUGUGGAUGAGGAAGUGGAGAGUUUGCAUCUGAAAUUUCUGGCAGCACCUCCAAAUGGAAACUUUGCAGAUGCAGUGUUCAGAUUCAACGCCAACAUAUCCUACAGUGGAGUGCUGCAUGCAGUAACCCAAGAUGGUCUUUUCUCCGAGAACAAAGAGAAGCUCAUCAACAACGCCAUCCUGGCUCUUUUAUCCCAGGAGGCCGAGCUGCCGGCACUUAACGCCGAGCUGGAGAGCCACUUCCAGGCCAUCCGAAGAUUGGUGGCCUCCAAGGCGGGCUUCCAGGCUUUCACCCAGCUGCCUAAGUCUGGUCAAGGGUCUGGAGUCACAGAUGCAACGUUCAGGGAAAAGUUGGGAGUAAAGACGGUAAAAGCUUUAAAACGGAAUAACAACGGUGUGACACACGCUGCUGUAGACAUGCUCUGUGCCCUCAUGUGUCCGAUGCAUGAUGACUAUGACCUGAGGCAGGAGCAGCUGAACAAGGCUUCUCUGCUUUCCUCCAAGAAGUUCCUCGAAAACCUCCUUGAAAAAUUCAUCACAAAUGUGGACCAUGGUUCAGGAGCCUUGGUCAUCAGCGCCUUACUGGACUUCUUAACGUUCGCCCUCUGCGCCCCCUACAGUGAAACCACCGAGGGGCAGCAGUUCGACAUGCUGCUUGAGAUGGUUGCCUCCAAUGGACGCACAUUGUUCAAACUCUUUCAGCAUCCCUCCAUGGCCAUAGUGAAGGGGGCAGGUCUGGUGAUGAAAGCCAUUAUUGAGGAAGGAGACAAGGAAAUAGCCACGAAAAUGCAGGAGCUGGCCCUGAGUGAAGGAGCUCUUCCAAGACAUCUGCACACUUCUUUAUUUACUAUCAGUGCCGAUCAGAGGAUGCUUACCAACAGGCAGCUGAGUCGUCACCUCGUGGGCCUGUGGACGGCAGAAAACCCCGUCGCCAUGAACCUCCUAAAGAGGAUACUGCCCACAGGCCUGCUGGCUUACCUGGACAGUUCUGAUCCAGUCCCGGAGAAAGAUGUGGACAGAAUGCACAUCCGGGACAACUUGAAAAUUGCCACGGACCAGCUGAAUCGCAACAAAGUGCCCGAGUGGCAGCUGAUGGCGGGCAAAGCAGCCAAAGAGGUGGAGAAGUUUGCCAAGGAGAAGGCCGAUCUGGUGCUGAUGCACUGGAGGGAUAAGAUGGGGAUUGCCCAGAAAGAGCAGGACAGAAAUAACCUGAAUCCAAACCAAAAACCGGUCAUCCUGCGGAAGAGACGGCAGAGAAUUAAGAUUGAAGUCAACUGGGAGCUUUUCUACUACAGGUUCCAGCUCGAUCACGCUAGAUCCAACCUUAUCUGGAACCUGAAAACCAGGGAGGAGCUGCGGGACGCUCUGGAGGGGGAGAUGCGUGCCUUCAGUGUGGACCGUGAGCUGGGAAGUGCCACCGUCAUCUCCUGGAACCACCAGGAGUUUGAGGUGAGAUACGAGUGCCUUUCAGACGAGAUAAAGAUCGGGGAUUAUUACCUGCGUCUGCUGCUUGAGGAGGAUGAAAAUGAAGAAUCCAAUGCCAUCAAGAGAUCAUAUGAGUUCUUCAAUGAACUCUACCAUCGCUUUCUGCUGACACCCAAAGUUACGAUGAAGUGCCUGUGCCUGCAGGCGCUGGCUAUAGUCUACGGGAAAUGCUACGAGGAGAUUGGCCCCUUCACUGACACUAAAUACAUUGUGGGAAUGCUGGACAGAUGUACAGACAAACUGGAAAGAGACAGACUCAUCCUCUUCCUCAACAAACUCAUUCUCAACAGGAAAAACGUGAAGGAGGUGAUGGACUCAAACGGAGUGCGCAUUUUGGUGGAUCUGCUCACUUUGGCCCAUCUUCAUACGAGCAGAGCUACAGUGCCCCUCCAGAGCAAUGUGCUGGAGGCAUCGCCUGACAUGAAGAGAGAGAGUGAGAAAGAGUGGUACUUUGGUAACGCAGACAAGGAGAGAAGAGGACCUUUCAGUUUUGAGGAGAUGCAGGAGUUUUGGAACACAGGCGUCCUGACAGCAAAGACACGCUGCUGGGCUCAGGGGAUGGACGGUUGGCGCCCCCUGCAGGCCAUCCCGCAGCUGAAGUGGUGCCUCCUGGCCUCGGGGCAGGCAGUGAUGAACGAGUCAGACCUGGCUACAUUAAUCCUCAACAUGCUCAUCACCAUGUGCUCAUACUACCCCAGCAGGGACCAAGACAAUGCCAUUAUCCGCCCGUUACCGAAGAUAAAGAGGAUGAUCAGUGACAAUGCUUGCCUCCCUCACAUUGUCCAGCUGCUGUUGACGUUCGACCCCAUCCUGGUGGAGAAGGUAGCUAACGUUCUGUACCUGGUGAUGCAGGACAAUCCGAACCUGCAGCGCCUCUAUUUAACCGGAGUCUUCUUCUUCAUCAUGAUGUACACGGGCUCCAACGUGCUUCCUGUAGCGAGGUUCCUGAAGUACACACAUCUGAAACAAGCCUUCAAAUCAGAGGAGUCUAAGGGUCAGGACAUAGUGCAGCGUAGUGUUCUGGGUCCAGUCCUGCCUGAGGCCAUGGUAUGUUAUCUGGAGAACUACGAGGCCGAGCGCAUCUCUGAGAUAUUCCUCGGAGAAUUCGACACACCUGAGGCCAUUUGGAGCAGCGAGAUGAGGCGGAUGAUGAUUGAAAAGAUAGCUGCCCACGUGGCUGACUUCAGCCCCAGGCUGCAGAGCAACACGCGGGCCCUCUACCAGUACUGCCCCAUCCCUGUGAUCAGCUUCCCUCAGCUCGACAACGAGCUCUUCUGCAACAUCUACUACCUCAGACACCUGUGUGACACCACCCGUUUCCCCAACUGGCCAAUACGAGAUGCUGUGAAGCUGCUGAAAGACACACUUGAAGCCUGGAAGAGGGAGGUGGAGAAGAAGCCUCCCUCUAUGUCUGUGGAUGAUGCCUAUGAAGUGCUGAACCUCCCUAAAGGACAGGGGCAGCACGAUGAGAGUAAAAUCAGGAAAGCUUACUUCAGACUGGCGCAGAAAUACCAUCCUGACAAGAACCCAGAGGGGAGAGACAUGUUUGAGAAAGUCAACAAAGCCUACGAGUUCCUCUGCACAAAGUCUGCAAGAAUCCUGGACGGCCCCGACCCGGAAAACAUCAUCCUCAUCCUCAAAACUCAAAGCAUCCUGUUCAACCGACACAAAGAAGAACUCGAACCGUACAAAUACGCCGGUUACCCCAUGCUAAUAAAAACAAUCACCAUGGAGACCGAUGAUGGGCAACUCUUCUCAAAGACCUCCCCUCUCCUCCCGGCUGCCGUCGAACUCGCCUUCCACACCGUCAACUGCUCGGCUCUUAAUGCAGAGGAGCUGCGCCGCGACAACGGCAUCGAGGUGUUGUUGGAGGCUCUCUCUCGCUGCGUUGCUGUUCUAACUGCAUCCAGCAAGCCUGAAGACAUGGCUGUACAGGUGUGCGGGCACAUCUGUAAAUGCUACAGUGUCGCAGCCCAGUUUGAGGAGUGCAGGGAAAAGAUCAUCGAGCUGCCAAACAUCAUCCGAGAUCUCUGUCACAUCUUGUUCUACGGAAAGGGUCUCUCAAAAACUGCUGCCCUGGCUGUGCAGUGCGUGAGUUCCUUCGCAGUGGAUUACUUCCUACAGACCCAUCUGUACCACGCCGGCGUGCUCUGGCACUUGCUGGUCUACCUCUUCAACUACGACUACACUCUGCAGGAGAGCGGGGUGCAGGCCAACCAGGAAACAAACCAACAGGAGGUCGCAAACAGUCUCGCCAAGCUCAGCCUCGUCGCUCUCAGCCGUCUGGGAGGCUACGUCCAGACUCCACACACCCCAGACGGGAACAAUCCUGUGUCAGAGACUAACGGCUUCGUGGGCCAGCCUCCAGAGAACCCCACCAUCCGCAAGAGCUUAGCGGCCAUGCUGACACCGUACAUCUCAAGGAAGCUGGGAACUGGAUCUCCUCCUGAGGUCUUAAAGCUGAUGAAUAGCAACUCGGAGAACCCUUACUUGAUCUGGAACAACGGGACACGAGCCGAGCUGCUGGAGUUCCUGGAGGGUCAGCAGGAGGGAAACAUCAAGAGGGGAGAAAAUGAUAAAAGCUUUGGGGCAGAGUUUGUCUUCAGUGAUCACAGCAAAGAGCUGAUUGUUGGGGAGAUAUUUGUGCGGGUUUACAAUGAACAACCAACGUUUCCUCUGGAGUACCCCAAAGCGUUUGCAGCCAGCUUGUUGGACUACGUGGGCUCCCAGGCCCAGUACCUGCACACUCUGCUGGCUAUGAGUCAGAGUAACAAGGUUGAGUCCCAGCAGCACGCCGAGAGGCUCCGCUUUGCUGAGAUGGCUUUAGAGGCUCUUCGCAAUGUCAUCAAGAACAACCCUGGUUCAGAGUCAGAGUGCAUCGGACAUUUCAAACUGCUCUUCUCUUUGUUGCGGGUUCACGGAGCUGGUAGAGUGCAGCAGCUGGUUUUGGAGGUUGUUAAUACAGUGACAUCAAACCAGGAAUGUGUUAGCAACAUCGCCGAGUCGCUGGUGUUGUCCAACCUCCUGUUGCUGCUGCACUCGCUCCCCUCCAGCAGACAAAUGGUGCUGGAAACCUUGUAUGCACUGACUUCCAACACAAAGAUUGUCAAAGAGGCUAUGGCCAAAGGUGCUCUGAUCUACUUGCUAGACCUCUUCUGUAACUGCACACAUCCUCAGGUCCGCACACAGACCGCAGAGCUCUUCUCCAAGAUGACCUCGGACAAGCUGGUCGGGCCAAAGGUGCGCCUGACGCUGAUGCGCUUCCUUCCCGGCGUGUUCAUGGACGCCAUGCGGGACAAUGCAGAGGCAGCGGUGCACAUAUUCGAGGGAACGCACGAGAACCCUGAACUCAUCUGGAACGACAGCUCAAGGGAGAGAGUGUCAACAACUGUGCGGGAGAUGAUGCUUGAGCACUUUAAACAGCAGAAGGAUAAUCCUGACGUGAACUGGAAACUGCCAGAGGACUUCACAGUGGCGUGCAGCACAGGACAUGGCGAGAUAGAAGUGGGUGGAGUCUUCCUGCGUAUCUUCAUCGCUCAGCCCGGCUGGGUGCUGCGCAAGCCUCGAGAAUUCCUGGUGUCCCUGCUGGAGACCCUGACGGAGCUCCUGGAGAAGAACAACCCCAAUGGCGAGGCCCUUGAGACGGUUACCACAGCGGCGGUGUGUCUGUUCAGCACGCAGACCCAGCUGGCCGACCAGGUCCCUCCUCUGGGUCACCUGCCUCGCGUCCUGGCAGCACUGAACCACAAGAACAACGCCGUGCCCAAGAGCGCCAUCCGCCUCAUCCAUGUGCUAUCAGACAAUGAGCUCUGUGUACGCUCCAUGGCUUCUCUGGAGACCAUCGGACCCCUCAUGGCUGGGAUGAAAUGUCGGGCAGACAUGGCCGGGUUGGCCUGUGAAGCUCUCAACCGUAUGUUUCAGAAGGAGCAGACUGAAUUAGUAGCUCAGGCUCUUCGUGUGGAGCUGGUUCCAUAUCUGCUGAAGCUGCUUGAAGGAAUCGGCCUGGAAACACUAGACAACCCGUCCGCUACCAAGGCCCAGAUCGUGAAGGCUCUCAAGUCCAUGACCCGCAGUCUGCAGUUUGGAGAACAGGUGAAUGAGAUUCUAGCGAGGUCCUCAGUCUGGAGUGCCUUCAAAGACCAGAAACACGAUCUUUUCAUCUCAGAGUCUCAGACUGCUGGAUACCUGACAGGGGUUUCCACUCCUUCUCUCCUGGCCGCCAGCAGCCCACUGCGAGGUGGGCUCUAGACUCCUAAGCAGGGCCCUCGCAGCCCUCCUCUCUCUUGCUCUGAUGCAGGUCCAGGAGUAGCGGGUUACCUUACAGCAGGAACUGGCACCACAGUAAUGCCCAGCGUCCCACCCCCCGUGGACAACGACAUCGGAGACCAAGGCUGAUGGACACACACACAGUCACGCUCAGGCACCCAGACUGCCCUGCAGCCUCACGGCCGCAGCUGUUCAGCUCCCAGACGAGGGGGACCGAGAGAGAGAGAGAGAGCGAGAAGGAUGGAGGAGAACGGGCCGUCGAUGACCGUCACCAAAAUUUCUGCAACACCUCCUCCAGCAUCACUCUCCUCUCCCCUCACAAUUGGCACUCAAGUCUUCUUGAACACUUACAAAUGUUUUAUCGGAUGAUGACCACAUGUUUUUUUCUUCCUCUGUUCCACUUUUCUUGUUUCUUCCAAUGACACAGAAGAGUUUACUUUUUGUAUGGACAUAUUUUUUACUCUAUAUUUUUUUUCUUUUUUUCAUGAGAACGACUGAGGUUUAUUAUAGAUCUCCUCUCUAUUAUCUCUACUCCCUUAACAUUCCUGAUUGGCUACACUUCCAAAAAAAAACCUCAACAGAAACAAUGGUGACACAUUAGUGCACAGGACCUAUCCACCUUUUUUACAUUUGAUUUAUUAGUCCAUAUCACGGAUUCUCAUAUGGAAAAGGAAACAAAUGUUAAAAUAGGAAAUCAGAAAACAAAUGUGUAUAAUUUCUCAGCUUACUGACUAUCGAACCUUUGGACGGAUGCCGACCCUUUCGGGUUUCACCAGGUUGACUCAGAUCAAACAUCCAGCCUAUUGCUCUUAAUUCAUAAUUCCUUCUCUCCUCUCUCGUUGAAGGCUUCCCUUCAUGCCUCACUUUUUUUUUUUGUAAGGUAAUUCUCUUUCCUCCCCAGAAUGCAAAAAGCACUAGAAUAUUUAUGAGUGAAUAAUAACCACCGGAAAUGAGCUUCUGCAAAGACCUGACGAAUGACGCUGACUCUGAUUCUGAAUCUAUGUGAAAGACUAGUGCAAUUUGUUCAAUGUAAUAUUGCGUAUAUAAACUUUCUAUAUUGAAUGUACAUUCAAAAAAAAUAAAUCAGCCGCACUUGUACAUAAAAUUUUAAGAAUAAAAGGGAACCCACAGUGUU